AUGGAGUUUAUUAAAGAGGAGAUUGAAGACAUGAGUAUUUCAGAACCAUCCAGAAUAAAACAUGAAGAAACUGAGGAACAAAUAGGAACAAAAGCCAAAAAGCUGCACACCUGCUCACAGUGUGGAAAGAGUUUCCAUAAUAAAGCAGACCUUAACAAACACACAAGAGUUCACAAUGGAGAAAAACCGUAUACAUGCACUCAGUGUGGAAAGAGUUUCAGACAAAAAGGAAACCUUAACACACAUAUUAGAGUUCACUCUGGAGAAAAAACGUUUACAUGCACUCAGUGUGGAAUGAGUUUUUCUCAAUCAUCAAGUCUCAAUAAUCAUCUGCGCAUUCACACUGGAGAAAAAACAUUCAACUGUGAUCAGUGUGGUAAAGAUUUUAUUUCAUCAUCAUAUCUAAAAAUACACCUGAAAGUUCAUACAGGUGAGAGGCCUUAUGUGUGCUCUCUCUGUGGAAAGAGUUUUUCACGGCCGGACAGUUUUAAACUGCACCGAAAAAUUCAUACUGGAGAAAAACCUUACAAGUGCUCAUAUUGUGACAAGAGGUUCAGUCAAUCUGGACACCUGAAAUCACAUGAGCGACUUCAUACUGGAGAGAAGCCGUACUACUGUACUCAGUGUGAGAAGAGUUUCAGAGAUUCAACAGGUUUAAAAUAUCAUAUGCUCUUUCACUCUGGAGAAAAACCAUUUAACUGUGAUCAGUGUGGUAAAGAUUUUAUUUCUUCAUCACUUCUAAAACGACACCUGAAAGUUCAUUCAGAUAAGUGGCCUUAUGUGUGUUCUUUCUGUGGAAAGAUAUUUUCACGGCUGGAUAGUUUUAAACAGCACCAGAAAACACAUGAUGAAGUGAGAGAUCAUGAGUGUUGUGACUGUGGGAAGAGCUUUACUACAUCUACUCAACUGAAACAGCACCGAAGAAUUCAUACUGGAGAAAAACCUUACAAGUGCUCAUAUUGUGACAAGAGUUUCACUCAGUCUGGAAACCUGAAAUCACACGAGCGAGUUCAUACUGGAGAGAAGCCGUACCACUGUACUCAGUGUGAGAAGAGUUUCAAAGAUGCAGCAAGUUUAAAAUAUCAUCUGCAGUUUCUGGAGAAAACCUGCAGUGCAUUAGUUAAUGCACCUGGGAACUAACAUGAGCAAACAAUGAACAACUGUAUUUUCAUUAACUAACGUUAACAAAGUUUAUUUAAUGAACACAGAAUGAGUUUAGAAAGGUUGCGGAAAGGUCCGCGAGCCGGGACUCGAUCCCUGGUUACAACAGAGAUGCUUACAAUUUCUGUUUGUAUUACCAUUGUUGUUGUUUUUUCCUUUCUUCUAGUUUUUAUGCCUAAUAUGACAAUGGAAAUCAUGAUUGUUCAUUAAUGUACACUGUACCUUUUUGAAAUAAAAAACUAAAUGUAAUUUGAUUUUUUAAUUUGUUAGAUUGAGACUGGAAUUGCUGACAA